AUGAAUGCUGAUGAAACACUACCUUCGGUACUAUCUGCAACGCCGACCAUGGUUUCAGUUAACGAUUUAGACAGGCAGAUAGAGACACUAAUGAAAUGUGAAUGUAUUCCAGAGCAAGACGUAAAAUCACUAUGUGCUAAAGCUCGUGAAAUUUUAUUACAAGAAGGCAACGUUCAAGUCGUCGAUUCACCUGUGACGAUAUGUGGGGAUAUUCAUGGUCAGUUUUAUGACUUGAUGGAGUUAUUUCGAGUUGGUGGUCAAGUUCCUGACACCAAUUAUCUUUUUCUGGGUGACUUUGUUGAUCGCGGGUUUUACUCUGUUGAAACAUUUUUACUAUUGCUAGCGUUGAAAGUACGAUAUCCUGAUAGAAUGAUGUUAAUAAGAGGUAAUCAUGAGUCUCGACAGAUAACACAAGUGUAUGGGUUUUAUGAUGAAUGUCUCAGGAAGUAUGGAUCAUCUGCUGUGUGGCGAUGUUGUACCGAAGUCUUCGACUGUUUAAGUCUUUCAGCAGUCAUCGCUGGUAAAGUCUUUUGUGUACAUGGUGGUUUGUCUCCAUCAAUUCAAAAUCUAGAUCAAAUUAGAACAAUUGAUAGGAAACAAGAAGUACCACAUGAUGGCCCUAUGUGCGAUCUACUGUGGUCAGAUCCGGAAGAAAGUGUUGGUUGGGGUGUUAGUCCGAGGGGUGCUGGUUAUUUAUUUGGAUCUGACGUUGCUUUCUGUCAAGCAAAUGGCGUUGAUUUAAUUUGUCGGGCUCAUCAACUUGUAAUGGAAGGUUACAAAUGGCAUUUUGGUGAAACAGUUUUAACAGUUUGGUCUGCUCCUAAUUACUGCUAUCGAUGUGGUAAUGUUGCUGCAAUUUUGGAACUUGAUGAACAGCUGAAUAAGGAUUUUACCAUAUUUGAAGCAGCACCGCAGGAAAAUCGAGGUGCUCCGGCGAAGAAACCGCAACCGGAUUAUUUUUUAUAG